AGACCUCACUCAAAACACAGGGUCGUGAAAAGAUCAGAAGAAUUUUUGGAAUAACCUUUUUGUACUCUUAGUACAGAAAAAAUAUAUAAUCUCUUUAUAAAUUUAAGAUUGCUUUUUUGAUUUCAAAACUAUGCUCAAGUUAACCGUGCUCGUCGUUAUCAUGGCUCUGAAUCUGAAAUCCUCAUCUUCAAACUUUACUACAACACCUCGUCCACCGAUACCCAUGACAUGUCCAACAUGCCAGCAUGGACGAUCCUACGAUGACUGUCAAAGCAAAGCCACAAGCUACCAAUGCGAGAACAUUGGCAACACAUUCACAAUGUGUAAAAUACAAUGCAACAAAGGACAAGGUAACUGGGAGUUUGGUUGCGCCACGCCCAAUGAAUGUGAAAUCCAGAAACACUACUGUACCAGGACCGGAGAAUGCAACAUUGCUUGCUGCGACGGACCGAACUGCAUACAGGGAAACCCCAACAUGACAGAUCCCUGUCGUGGGAGCUUGACGCAUGCGCCUAAGGCUAUUGUAGUUGGCGCAUGCGUAGCAGCGGGGCUAUAUGCCAUGCAUCACAAUUAAAAUCAUGCUUUUGCGCAUGCGUAGAAAAUACCGCUGGUUUUUGCAAUAUAAGUUAAUCUAAGUGAGAGGCGCAUGCGCACGAGUACUUUUUUACACGCAUGCGUAUUGUGCAUUAUGUUGCUUUGCAAUUGACCUUUUUCUAUGUAUCCUGGAAAAAUGGUAACGAGUAAGGCACGCAGCGAAUUAUGAGACUGUUUGAGGAAGCCCAUGAUUCAGUGCGCGCUUUAAACUCGUUACCAGUUUUCCGCGCAACCUCAGGAAGACUAAUAGUACUCAUUUGUGAAUGCUUUUACUAAAAUAGCAUAGACAAGAGAAACUUUUGAUAGCAUGUAGUAAAUUUAUAUGGGACAGCUUGAGUGUUUAGAUCUUUUCUGAGACAGCAAAGAUUUCGCAUUGUGGUUAGGGAGCAUUGUUAUUUCAAUUUUUUAAUGAAGCUUUGAUGAACCAAUUACUACAAUUCUUUGCCUAGUACGUGCUUCAUAAAUGCACGUAGCACGAGCGCGCGUGUUCUAUUUCUUCAUCAAAACGUAUGUAUUGAGACUAAAUGAAUUUUUUUGAUUAAAAAAAUAAGUGAUGAUGAGAAUAGAAUCUGGAUCAAAUUCAACCUUCAUAUUACAACAACGCUAUCAAUGUCUGUAACUGACAAAAUAUGUUAACAAAUUAUAAACUUGUAAAACAAAAUCAUAUCUAUCGCUAUGUAAAGUGCAUUCUUUGGGGGAAAGGGAUAUGGAAAAACGUAUAUGUGCACAUGAUCGGAGGGGAUGGUUUUAUGCAAAACGUUUUGGCGACGCUAAGGCUAGGUUCACACUGUCGGGGCAAAUGUUGUGCGUAAGAUCAAAAGCAACGCUCCAGAAUUAGAACAAACCUUCUUAGCUUGUGCGCAAUGGUUCCCUUUUUCAGACCACGUGUUAUUCAACAGAGUAUUAUUUCUUUGUUUAACAGUUUAACAGUUGCGCAUGGGAAAACACAUGAAUAUGGAUACAAAUCAAACCAAGAAUCUCAUUCUCAAGGGACUGACACGUGGUCUGAAAUAGGUGAACAUUAAGGUGCUGACACACGGUGCAACAUUGCACGCAACAAGACUGUUGUCAUUCAUUUCACCAAUUCGAGUUCUUUUAAGAGUAUUUUGAUGUAAGGGUGAAUGACUUUGACACAAAAUAUCAUACUGAGUAGACUUUGUUUACUAAUGAGGCCUUACUUACGUCGCUUCCAUUCAAUUGUCCCUAGUCCCAACCGAGUUUGGCGGCCAUUCUUGAAAGUCGUGUAUUGCAAUAAAAAUAUAUAACUCAUUA